AGUAUGCGGCAAGCAGAAAAACGUCAGUGCGUCGCAUUUCGUGAAUUAAAAGAUUAUAUCGCGAGCGUUCGUUCGUUGCCCGCGUGAGAUAUCGUAACGAAUAAUCGUCCAACGGAGAACUGUCAUUCCGUCCCUUCCCUUCCUUUCCCCCCAUUCUGUGAUCAGUAUGGCGCCCAUGUUUAAAUCCAACGGUCAGAAUUAAGGAUACUCCCCUUGCGCUGUGACGCGAACUACGUUUCUCAUUCAUUCGGUGUCCUUUCAAGAAUUCUUAUGCGUGCUCUUGGACGUGAAGAAAGUGAAUAUCCUUGAAGAAAUUUCGGCUGAAAAGAGAAAAUUACCAUCAUAUACGAAUGCAGCAAACAAUGGAGCCCUUCGUUCAGCGUAUGUUGGAACGUGCUAAAGCAAGGAGAGAAAGAUUAGACACACAAUUAUCAAGUGUGGGACAUGAUGUUAAAAAGCGCAGUCCUUUAAAAGAUGCAAAUGUUAUUCUGGCUCAAGUAGCAGCAACAGCAAAUAUAAACUCAACUAAAUCAUCACCACCUAAGUCAUCAAGUAAAGUAACGAUAGAUAAAAGUCCAGUUAAACCACCACGAAAAUCUCCUCCAGCUAAAAAUGACAUAUGUGAAAAUUUUGAAAAAGUUGACAAAGAGAAUGGAGAUUUUGAGAGUUGCAACGUUAGAUCCAAGUUGCAAAGACUUGGGAAAUUAUAUUCUGAUGAUAAUACCCAUGAGUUGAGCUCCCCUAUACAUAGAACUGAAGAAAAAUUCAGUGCAGAAGAUUACGUAGAUCAUAAACCAGUGAAGCGAGGUGCUAGACUUGAUAAAUUAGCAGCUUUAGCUUCAACGAUCAACAGUUGGGAGGAUGAUUUAUCUCAUCCAAAAUUGACCAAACCAAUGGAUAAUAAAGCAGAAAGGAUACAAGCAAAGUUUAAUGAACAAGCCAAAAACAGAUCAGAGCCCCAACCAAGUACAAGUGGACAUAACAAAUUAGCAAACAAUAAUGAGAGGAAAAGUAAACAUGGAAGUCCAGUUAAGCAAUUGAACUGGGAUAGAAGUAUAUUAGAUUGUUUGGAGGCGCAAGGCUUUAGUCGUACAAAAAGCAAUUCUCGCCUCGUGUAUGACUAUAAGGAUUGUUCUCAGGAAUCAAACACGGUUUCAAGUCAUAUUUCGCAAAACAAGGAGGAGAGGAAGAGAGUUUCACCCUAUAAAUCGGAUGGAUCAUCGAAAGGAAAAGCAGAUGGUGACAUUAGUGUUUCCGAGAGCCCAGGUGGUUCCCCUUUCAAAAUCAACGGCAACAAAGGUUCCAAUACUCCUGAGAAAAUUGUCAAAAAUGCAAAUACUACUAGCAGCUCGCGAUUACCAAGAUUGGGAUUUAAUGGUUCGCCGAAGGAUUUAGUACAACCAUCAGGUUCAGUGUUGAGCAAAGCGUCGAUGUUCGAAGCUAAGAAUAUGGACGUAAAAGCAAAGGAUCCAGCUCAAAUGACUCUCGCAGAAAGAAUGGCUCUCUUCGAGCGAAAUAAGGGAGGGGCUCCUUUGAUACCGAAAGCACCGCUCACAAUGUCGAUACCACCAAAGAAGCUGCAGGAGAAGGAUAAGCCUAGUGUACAAUCAGGAUCCAGCGUAGAUUCAUCUACCAGUAACCGAAAUGAUGGUCCAAGCAAAUCGGUCAGCGCGCAACGUGCAAUAUUUGAACAAAAUAAGCACAAAAUAGAUGAAAUGGAAAAUCAGAUUUUACAAGCUACCCAAGCUGAGAGACGACGUGAGUUAGAUAUGCUACGUUCGCGUUUCAACGAGAAUAAGGAGUUUGCUCGUGGCGGCUCUACCGUUAGGUGCGGUAUUCGUACGAGUGAAAGCAGUGAAGGAGGUGGCAAAUCUUCAUCGCCGAAAAGUUCACCCGUUUGCCCGGUGAAGCCGACUCCUGCUCCGGAUCAUACUGUCGUACCACCACCACCACCGCCGCCGUUACCACAGUCGUUACAACAGUCGUUACAACAGCCUCAAAUUGUAUCGUAUAUCACUAAAUCUUCUCCGGUAAAAAGACAAGUCGUUGGAAGCCCACCCAAAGUUCAACAUAUGAAUGCGAUGCCCGAUAUUAAACGCAUUCGUGUUGCUCCUCCGAAACAAGGAUCGCUUUAUCCCAAUUUAGAAAAUGUCGAGUCUACAUCUACCACGGAAAGUGAUACCGAGUCAUAUGACACAAGCGAACCUGUAACAGCCACGCUUGACGAGAAAAGUGAAUCUGACUGUAGUGAUUGCGACGAUCAAGAUGAGGAAUGUACUACUGAAAGUGAACAGACUAACAAUCAAGCGAACACAAGUUUUGGGCGCAGUAUUUUGCACGAGUUAGACGAACGUUCAUUGUUUAGUAAAACUCAUAAAAAGAGAUCCAUAGAACCAGAUCCAGAUAGUACUAUGUCAGAUCUCUCAGUGCUCAAUGAGAUGGAUCAAUAUUUGGAAGAAUGUCUUGAAGCGGAAGAGCCACAUAACGAUAUGAAUUUGAGAGAAGAAGGUCCAACGCCACCGAAAAUAAAUAAAGGCAAGAAGAGUCUGUCGCGGGCAUCCACCAGUUUCAAUUAUCACUCGUUCCGUUCACCUUUGAAGGUGGUUUCACCGACGAAUAAAACAAAGGCGUAUAUAGACGAAGGUGGUAAUCGAGUGCCACUAAUGCGAACUGUUAGUGCGUAUAGACGACAACAAUCCGAGUUGACCAAGACACCUCAACGCGUAGCUGCAAAAUUAACAGAAUCAGAUGUACCUUCUGGCGCGGAAAGAACGGAACGUGUAAAUGAGGCGAAACUGGUGGAAAAUAAAGUGAAAGAAUUGUUGGACGAAGUUUGCACGCAGCAGAAGAAAAUCGAAGGGGCCAGUAAAGCAUUAAACUUGUGUCAGUCAACUAUUGAGUUCAAUGGGUCUAGUGAACAUGUUGGUGGAGAAUGGGCCCUGCUUGUUGCGACUCAUAAGCGAUUAGCCGCAUUGAACGAAGUGCAAAGACUGAAGCGUGAAGGGACAUUGAGACCUGUUAAAGCAGGCUCACCAGAAAUACAAGGAAGUGGGUCUUUAACCAUUUCGGCUAUCACGUUACCAUUGAAGACAGAAUUUUUCCGGAAUAUGGGCAAUAAUUCGUAUUUGCAUUGUGUUUGCUUGAUGCGACAUUUGGGAGAAGUAGUCGCUACCCAAACAGCUACCGCCGCUGAACCUGACGAUUCGUGUCUUCGUUUCCCUUCGACGUUAAAGUUCGAUGAUUUAUAUAGCGACUUCACGAUUGUCGUAGAGGUAUAUUCUCUUCAGACGCAACCGAAGUAUUUGCCACAUGAAAGAAAAUAUCAUAUCAAUCAUACAGGCAUAAAGACUGCGAAUAAGACCCCGAAGAAGAAGAGCCAAUUUGUAAUGCCGAGCGUACAGAGCCCAGCAGGACCAGGAGCAGUCAGAUCGCCUGCUUUCCAAUUAUGUGGCACUGUUACUAUCACCCUGAAGGAUAUAUAUCGCAAGCAAUUUAGCUUACUCGGAGUCUCGUCGCUGUCUCCUUUGGAGGGAUAUCUACGAAUGCACAUGUCGCAUAAAAUCUCGGUAUCAGUAGAACAUCGCGGAUUUUUAACAGUCUUCGAAGAUAUCUCGGGACUUGGUGCAUGGGAUCGAAGAUGGUGCUUGCUCAAAAACGCCAAACUCUUCUUCUGGGUGCAUCCUGAAGAUGAACACAAGAAAAGUCCCAUAGGCAGUCUCGACUUGGAAGGUAUAUUUACGAAAAAUAUACAAUUUGUGAAUCGAGAGAAAUGCGCGCGUCCUUUCACGUUUCUACUCGAGGCAAUUAGACCCGCGCAACCUGGCGACGCUGAUAACCUCAUUAUGAAGACCGAUGGAAUUGAAACUGUAAUAGAGCAUUUCAUGUUAGCUGACACAAGAGAGGAAGGACUACAAUGGCUGUCGAAAUUGAACAAGACUCUGAACUUAAUCAGAGCUUGGGGACCACGUAGAAGUUAGCAAGAAGCUAAAAUUAUACAUAUGUAUAUCAUGUAACGUACUGAGGUACGUUUCAAUACAAUAUUUUUUGAAUUAGGGAUUGUGCAUUACGCACAAAUAUUUUAUAACGCAAUAUAUACCAAAAUGCUUCGAUUAACAUACCUAGCGAAUAAAGUCCGAUCGAUUUAAUUGUGUCAUCAAAACGUAAUUAUUUACAUCUAAUUGUAUAUGAUCAAUAAUAUUAGUGUUUGUACGGAAUGUUAACCAAAUUUUCACUGGCAAUGCAUUUAACAUUUUUUGA